UUGCAGGCGUUCUCUGUCGCUCGCGUUCCGGGGGGAGCCCGGCCCCCGAAGCCUCGGGAGGAGCGGGCCGGGCGGCCCCCGCCGCCCUUGCCGGGAUCCCAGGCCCUCCCUCGGCCGCCUCCCAGGGCCAGGCCUCGCCCCGCGCGCCGGCUGCUAACGGCUGCUAACGGCUGCGGGCGGCCGCGCAGGGCCCUCAGCGCCCCGGGCCCGCGCCGCCUGAGGAGAGCGGGCCGGGACUACGGACACCUCGGCGCGGGGGAGCCCGGUGUCCUUCAGCGUGGGAGGUCCCGGGGAGGCAUAGGCGGAGCUGGGGAGGGCAAGGCAAAUUGUCGGCCAGCUGUCCCAAGCCGAUAUUAACGCGCCUUUGGGCCUCAGCCCUGCCCGGGCGGGCCCGGGAUCACCGGGGACUCGGGCCCACCGUCUGCGGCUUCCAUCGGUGCUCUCGCCGUGCUUUGAGGCUCAGCCUUUCUCCAGUGAGGAGGAGAGCUCCUUUGCAAAGGAGCUUGCAGAGGCGACGAUGACAAGCAACACACAGAAAUCUGAUGAGAAUAGAAGUAAACGUAAAAAAGAGAUGGAGAAUGAAGCUUCAGAAAACCCUCAGUUGUCCUCCCAUGACAAAGCAGAUUUGGCUUUUUCAGAGGGCUCGCAGUCUGUUUACAAACCUGAACCACUGGAAAAAGUUUUGAGCGAGAUGAACAAAGAAAUUACGAACUUGUUAUCAAAAUAUGCUCAUAUUUUAAGUGAAAGAGCAGCGAUGGAUGCUUCUUAUGUCCAAGAACUUGAUGGAAUCUUGAAAGAAGCAAGGACCAUAGAAAGCCACUUAAAACAGAAAAGAGAGAGUCUGAAGCAGAGAUUCACAGUGAUCGCAACUACUCUGCAAAGCUAAAUGCAGUUUGUUAGAUUGAAGAAAUACAGAGAAAAGCUCAUAGUAUAUAUUUCAUGUGUUGAAAUAAUAAACAUAUGAUGAAUGCUGUGAUGAAUGUUUGAUAAACAUCUUAAAUUUUUCUAGCAGUUCAGGAGGCUUUCAACAACUUAAGCAGCAACUUAUUUUUUUAGUAAGUAGAUACACUAUGUAGAGUGGUGGGAGUUAGUGAAACAAUUACUAAAUGUGCAUUUAAAAUCCUUUGACUCCGAGGGAUCCUAGACAUUAAAAGGUCUCUUAUUUUCAUUUGUUGACCCAUCACUUUUGCUGUCCCUAUGCUUCCAUCCAUAAGAAGUAUUUGAAGCGUUUGAAAAAUAAAGAAGAUGAAUUUUGCAUUGCUUGGCCGUGGAAGCUCAGCACAACUGAACUCAGAAACAGACCUGGUAUCUCUAAUGUCACUGCUAAGGAUGGGUUUUUUCCUUCAUUGUCACAACCAGUCUUUUGCUCUAAAACACAAUGUAGGAACCUUUAUAUGAAACAUUGAAUUUGUCAGUGUAAGUGGAAAAGGACCUCAGAUUGUUUUGUGUUAACUAUUUUCUGGGUUGUUUUCUUUCUACUUCAGAAAAUGUUUUGGUGCUAAAAUCUCAGUAGACUGUACUUGCAAACUGAUUUCCAUUUUGUCUUGGAAUACAAAUAGAUUGGAAAAGUCAUAUUAAAAAUAGGAGAGUUCUAAGAAGAGUGCUACUUUGGGGAAUGUCUAAGGAGGUAUAAAGUCUGAAUUUGAAAAUAUAUUGUAAUGCUUCUACAGCUUUUCAAACGAAACCAAAGUCAUUUUGAUAUAAAAGCAUGUAAUCAAAACUUUGCUGGUAAUGUCAAUAGAUAAGUAGGUAAUGUUGGCAUUACCUGGAAUGACACCAUUCUCUUUUUCUGUUGUUUAGAUCCAUCAGCAUCAUUUGCUGUAAAUCCGGUUUAUUUAAGGAUGCUUGUGGUGUUCUUUGAGCACUUUUUCUUUCUUCUCAUUUGACACUGUUAAAAAAGAUGAAACACACAAUGUGCAAAGUAUCAUUUGUACAAAUUGAGAGGCUGAUGUAAUAAAAGUGCUAGAAAGUCUUGUUGCUAGCAUAAGAUAUAUUUAUGUCUUUACCCCAGUUCCGUGUACUAAUUUUCCCUUUAAAUCCUUUCGGACUUAAUCAAUCGUACUUUCCUUUAAUUAGAUAAAAGUUACCAAGCAGAUGUGCUACCCAUCAAACUGAUAUGAUAUAAAACAAAUAAUGGGAGAAACUCAACAUCUAGGGUGAGAUUUCUCGAGGUAUUUAGAUACCUAAAC